AUGUUAAAAGGACUAGAUUGGAUCUCGUGGUUUUUGUCAUCUAAAGGCAACGAGUACUUUUGCGAAGUCGAGGAAGACUAUAUUCUCGACCGCUUCAACCUCACUGGCUUGAACACGGAGGUGCAGCACUAUGCGCAAGCCUUGGACAUGAUAACGGACAACCUGGUCGACGAAGAUGUGCAAGAUGAACUACGAGGCAAUCUCGAUCUUCAAGCACGUCUUCUGUACGGCCUCAUCCAUGCACGAUGGAUUGUCACGGCGCGAGGUCUAGCCAAAAUGCUCGACAAGUACAAGCGUGCGGACUUUGGCCGCUGUCCUCGUGUGCUCUGUCAGUCGCAGCAGCUCCUUCCCGUCGGGCUCACGGACGUGCCGUACGAGAAGUCGGUGAAGCUAUACUGUGGCCGCUGCGAAGACAUCUACUCCCCCAAGUCCUCCCGCCAUGGCUCCAUCGACGGCGCAUACUUUGGCACAUCGUUCCCUCACCUCCUCUUUCUCGUCUACCCGAACCUCAUCCCACCGAAGAGCGGCGCGGUCGAACUUGGGUUGCCGGGACGGAGCGCGGAUGUCGAAGGGGGCAGGCGGAGCCGGCGGAUACGCGAAGAGCCGGAGGGGCAGGGAGAAGGCGUGGGGGAGGCAGGGAGCACGGCCGCUGUCGCUCUCAAGGCGGACAGGUACCGUCCUCGCAUCUUCGGCUUCCAAGUCAACGAGACUGCGAAGCUGCAGAGGUGGCAGGAGGCUGUGAGAGACAGGCAAAUCUCUAGAUUGGAGGAGCUUGAGGAGAAUGCAUGA